AUGUAUGGCAGCGCACGGUCCGUUGGGCAUGCUGAGGCCAGCCCAUCCCGAUCCCCACACCUCCCUCGGUCCCCUAGAAUGGGCCACCGGCGGGUCAGUGCUGGCAGCAGGGGCAGCAAGUCUAGUAGUGGUGGAAAAACUCUGUCCAUGGAGAAUAUCCAGUCCCUCAAUGCUGCCUAUGCAGCAUCUGGUCCAGUCUACUUGAGUGAUCACGAGGCACUGGCCUCCUCUGCCUACCCAAAAGGCACCAUGACCUUGGGGCGCGCCACAAGCCGGACAUCCUACGGGGGAAGGGCCACCGCGAUGGGCAGCAGCCCCAACAUCAGCUCCUCUUUGGGGCAUCUUCACUCAGACUCGAUGGGGUACGGAGAUCACGGAGCCAUGCAUCUCCACUCGCUGCAGCACCAGGGGCCUUCUUCUCCACUGCUAAGACAGGCCGUGCGGGGCGUGGCCAGAGGAGACGGGGGCCCCCUGAUGGAGCAGUUGAGGGAGCUGCAGAGGGAGAAUGACAUAUUGAGGAGGGAGCUUGACGUAAAGGACAGCAAGCUGGUUUCUUCAGUCAACAGCAUCAAGAGCUUCUGGAGUCCUGAGCUAAAGAAGGAACGAGGAAUGAGGAAAGAGGAGGUGUCAAAGACGUCCAUACUGAAGGAGCAAAUGAGAGUGCUGGAUGACGAGAACCAGCACCUUCAGAUGACCAUCCAGACUUUACAGGAGGAGCUCCGUACACAAAGGGAUUUGAAUCAGCUCCUGCAGCAGGAGAACCGUACAGGCCCAUCUGACUCUACGUCUGACUGCUUCCCUGUCCUGGAGCUCACUGAGGACAACUUCCAUCAUCUACAGGCUGAGCAUGAGCGGCAAGCGAAGGAGCUCUUCCUUCUGAGGAAAACUCUGGAGGAGAUGGAGCUCCGCAUUGAGACCCAGAAACAGACACUGACUGCACGGGAUGAGUCUAUCAAAAAGCUGUUGGAGAUGCUUCAGAACAAGGGCCUCCCCAGGUCUGGGCUGCCUGACGAAGAGGGUCUGAGGGUCAGACGUGAGGCUGAGGAACAGCUGGGCCACCUGGAGAUCAUUCUGGAGCAGAAAGAGAAGGAGAACAUGCACCUAAGAGAGGAGCUACACCGGAGGAAUCAACAGACAGAUCCAGCUAAAACCAAGGCCUUGCAGACCGUCAUUGACAUGAAGGACACCAAAAUUGCCUCCCUGGAGCGGAACAUCCGCGACCUGGAGGACGAAAUCCAGAUGCUCAAAACCAAUGGCCUGCUGAACACGGACGACAGAGAUGAGGAGCUCAAGCAGAUGGAAGUCUACAAAAGCCACUCCAAGUUUAUGAAGAACAAGAUUGAUCAGCUUAAGCAGGAGUUAUCGAAAAAAGAGUCUGAGAUGUUGGCCCUGCAGACUAAACUGGAGACCCUGACCAAUCAGAAUUCAGACUGCAAACAGCACAUUGAAGUCCUGAAGGAAUCCCUUACAGCGAAGGAGCAGAGAGCCAAUAUCCUGCAAACAGAGGUUGAUGCCUUAAGGCUGCGUCUGGAGGAGAAGGAGUCCUUCCUGAAUAAGAAGAGCAAGCAGUUGCAGGACGUAACAGAUGAGAAAGGAACGCUGAGUGGAGAGAUACGGGACCUCAAGGACAUGUUGGAGGUCAAGGAGCGUAAGAUCAACGUCCUGCAGAAGAAGAUUGAAAAUCUGAUGGAACAGCUGAAGGAUAAAGAAAAACAGCUUGGAAAUCUGAGGGACAGGGUGAUGUCUCUACAGACUGACUCCAGCAACACGGACACAGCCCUCGCCACUCUUGAGGAGGCCCUCUCUGAGAAGGAGAGGGUCAUAGAGCAUCUGAAGGAGCAGAGGGAGAGAGAGGAGCGAGAGAAGCACGAGGAAGUGGAGGCAUAUAAGAAGGAAAAUAAGGAGAUGAAGGACAAAAUCGCCUCCUUACAGGCACAGCUCUUGGACAAAGAGUCUUCUUUACUGGAACUGAAAGAGCAGGUGUCAUCUCUGGCCUCUUCAGGCCUUCAGAAGGACUCAAGGCUGCGAGCUCUGGAGAGCAAUGUGGAGCAGCGAGCAGAGGAGUGCAGCAGGCUAGAGAGCCAGCUGCAGAAGGCCCUGGAAGCUGAAGAAGCAGCUCGGAGGAACCUAGAGCUCUCAGAGCGCUUAAAACUUCUGGAAAAAGAAAUGGCCUUCUAUAAAGAGGAGUCUGGAAAGUCUAAGGCAGAAGUGGACAGGCUUCUGUCUAUUCUUAGAGACGUGGAAUCAGAGCGCACGGAGAAGGACAACAAAAUCUCUGAGCUGGAGAGGCAAGCAAAGGAACAAAAUAAGAAAAUGGCAAGUGCAAAACCCACCCAGCUGGGAGAAAUGAGACCGUCUGAUGGGCCUCCACAGCUUCAUACUUCCCAGGCUUCAACGCAGGAGACAGCUGAGCAAAUCAGAGAGCUGGAGCGAGCUCUGAGAGAAAGCAUGAACACCUCUGCUCACAGAGAGGCUCUGUGGGCUCAGGAGGAGCAGGCACAUGCUCUAGCACAGAGACAGUUGGAGGAGCUGAUGACAGCCUUGGAGAAGACGCGGCAGGAGUUAGAUGUUACAAAGCAACGGCUGUCCACUACGCAGAUCUCACUUGCUGAGAGGGAAAAUCACCUGACCAGCAUGAGACAGGAGCGCCGGAAACAACUAGAGGAGAUUCUAGAAAUGAAGCAACAGGCGCUGUUGGCAGCCAUCAGCGAAAAGGAUGCUAACAUUGCCCUUCUAGAACUUUCGGCUUCUAAAAAGAAGACGAGCCAAGAGGAGGUGAUGGCCUUGAAAAGAGAAAAGGACAGGCUCAUGUACCAACUCAAGCAGCAGACGCAAAGCAGGAUGAAGCUCAUUGCUGAGAAUUAUGAAGAUGGCCACGUUCAUCCCCACCAUUCUUAUCACGCUCACCACGGUCACCCGGGAUACACACACCACCGUGGCCCACCGAGAGGACCACCAUCACACGCCAAUCACAGAGCCCAGAUAGAGCAGGAUGAUGAAGAGGGCAUCUGGGCAUGACUGUUGCCAAGGCAAUCAAUGCUCCUGUCAUGUUCAAAAGGGUGAGUAA